CGCCUGGCGGUGGUGCCUGUAUCUUCCCCUUCCACGCACGCUGCUUAAACGCGUUUUUUUUUCGCUCCACGCGGAGCCGCUUGCUUGCUUGCGGCUUUGCCUGCCUCGACCUUCUGAUCGCUCCAAUUGUCUCGUCCUGCUAUUUUGCGAAUCGCGGCAAGGUUCCUGUUGUACUCCGCGAGAUUUCCUCGGCCUCGCACUGCGUAUGCUCGCUCAAUCGCUCCCGCGGUAGGCAUCUCUCAUCUGCCGCGGGUAGCUAGCUGGGGAUUAUAGGGCGCCUGGAUGCUUCCGGUUGCGCCAGAAUCUCUCCACCUGGAUGAGUCGGGUCAUCCGGCCAGCCUAGUCCCGGAAUCUGUCUUUCCUUUCCCCGGAAAACUUUCCAGUUUUUUUUUUGAACAAUUCCCGAUUGGUUCCCGUGCCGUGAGGGUUCCUGUUCAUGCCGGAAAAAGUAAUUUUACAGGCUGUUUCCUUCCUUUAUUAAAUAAUAGUACUAAUAUGCGGAUAAAAUAAAUUGGCUGAUUGCUUUCCUGCUGUUGGUGGAUCCGCACCAGCCUAUCACUGAUAGAGAUAUUAAUUUUUUAAAAAGAGAAAAUGCGCAUAUUCCACCGGAGCACCGGUUACUUUUUUUUUAAAUCUACUACUAGUCCACAUGCAUAGCAUAGCAGUUCGCACAGCUGCACACUCUCGGGGCGGCGGGUACAGUAUUUUAGAAGACCUUGGAGUUUGUGAUGGCUGUGAUGUUCCCUAUGUUCAGCCGUUGGCUUUUGGCAUGGUGCUAUGUCAAGUAGAGUGUCAGGGCCAUCUUGGUUCAAAGUCAGUCCUGAGCAUGUCGAGGCUGAAGUGCGCGCUGCGGACAUUCGAUCUGAGGGUUCUCUUGAUUCUGCUGAUCGGUGUGCCAAUCCUGCUCUUCGCGAUAUACGUGCACGGCCAGAAGGUGACCUACUUCCUCCGGCCGAUAUGGGAGAAGCCCCCAAAGCCCUUCAAAGUACUCCCCCACUACUACCACGAGAACGUCUCGAUGGCCAACCUCUGCAAGCUGCACGGAUGGAGAGUCAGGGAGACCCCGCGCCGCGUCUUCGACGCCGUGCUCUUCAGCAACGAGCUCGACAUCCUUGACAUCCGCUGGCACGAGCUGAGCCCCUACGUGUCGGAGUUCGUGCUGCUGGAGUCCAACUCGACCUUCACCGGCAUAAGGAAGGACCUCCACUUCAGGGAGAACCGGCAGCGGUUCGGCUUCGCCGAGUCGCGGCUGACCUACGGCACCAUAGGCGGGAGGUUCGUGAAGGGAGAGAACCCGUUCGUGGAGGAGUCGUACCAGAGGGUCGCCCUCGACCAGCUGAUCAAGAUCGCGGGCAUCGCGGACGACGACCUGCUGAUCAUGUCGGACGUGGACGAGAUCCCGAGCGGGCACACCGUGAACCUCCUGAGAUGGUGCGACGACGUCCCCGAGGUACUCCACCUCCAGCUCCGGAACUACCUCUACUCGUUCGAGUUCCUGCUCGACGACAGGAGCUGGCGGGCCUCGGUGCACAGGUACAGGGCCGGGAGGACGAGGUACGCGCACUUCCGGCAGACGGACGACCUCCUGGCCGAUUCCGGGUGGCACUGCAGCUUCUGCUUCCGCCGCAUAGACGACUUCGUCUUCAAGAUGAAGGCCUACAGCCACGUGGACCGGAUCAGGUUCGGGUACUUCCUGAACCCGAGGAGGAUCCAGCACGUGAUCUGCGAGGGGGCCGAUCUCUUCGACAUGCUCCCCGAGGAGUACACGUUCCAGGAGAUCAUCGCCAAGCUGGGGCCUAUCCCGAGCACGUUCUCCGCUGUCCAUCUCCCCGCCUAUCUGCUGGAGCACAACGAGCGGUACAGGUACCUUCUCCCGGGCAACUGCGUUAGAGAGAGUGGCUAGUAGCUAAGGCUGUAAGGCAGCUAGCUGUGUUGCUGUCUGCAUCGCCAUGGCCUGAGGCGCACCGACGUCGCUCGCGGAUGCAUGCAUGCGUGGAGGAGCGCCCUGCCGUUGCCGGGGUUGUUGUAUCUGGAUAUACGACUGGCUGGGCUGACUUAUAUAUUUAGAUGAUGAAUGAAUGGUCGCUUGACCGCUGCUGGUUCAGUUCGUAUGAGAUUUUGUACCAUGGAAGGCCUUCACAGCAGCAUAGCAUGCUUGGUCGCUGCUUCCUUGUUGUUUUGCAGGCCUGGGUUUUUAUUCAUUGCUUCCAUGAUUGAUGUAUGUAUGAAUGAACUCAAACUAUUUGUAGGUGUCAUACCGAGCGACAUUCAUACUC